AUGAGGAAGAAAAGUGAACAAAAACACAUGGAUAUGGUAACUGAACGCUUUAAAAAUGCAAUUUCUCAUGGGCCGGAAUAUGUCUGUUCAGUUUGCCACCGACAGCUAUUCAAGAAUCAAAUAAUUGAACGCAAUAGAGAAAAAUAUUUAGACAAAGGUAGCCACAUUGCUUUAGUUGCUAACAAGUGCAUUACAGAAACGUAUCUUCAUUUGUGCACGAACCUGUGUGGGACUGGUUGUUUACUGAGGAGAGGUCCCAGAGGUACACUAUGGAUUUGCUAUACUUCCAACCGAAACGUUCUUUUAGAGACAACUCCAUCUGAAAGUGCAACAAAUAAUCUGCAUGUAGUAACUAUUCCUCCACAAUUAAAAUGCUUAAACUCCCUUGAACAACAUCUGAUUGCAAGACACAUUCCAUUCAUGAAAAUGCUUGCACUUCCUAAAGGAGGCCAGCAUGGAGUUCAUGGGCCUGUUGUAUGUGUUCCAUCCAGCAUUGAUAAGGUUACCAGUGCUCUUCCAAGAUGUGAAGCAGAUGAUAUGAUGAUCAGAGUAAAAUUAAAGCGGAAACUUACCUACAAAGGCCAUUAUGAAUAUCAGUUUGUAAGCAAUGAGCAUGUGAAAAAUGCUUUAGAAUACCUCAUAGAAAACAACAGAUGGUAUCAUGAUGUACAUUACAACCAUGAGUGGGUAAAUCCCUUGGUAAGAACUACAGAGCAAACUGGGCAAUCCAGUGAUGAAGAUAGCAACUGUGUAAUAAAUUAUGAAGAUACCGAUGAUAUUGUAGAGCACAAUAAUGAUCAGGAACAGCAAGAUAAUAACCGCCAUGGGAUGUUUUUGGAUACUUGCUUACAACCUGUGGAUAUUGCACAAGAAGUGCUUGAUCAGCAUUUUGACAGCGUAUUGUGUGUUGCACCAGCUGAAGGAAGUAAUCCUGUAAAAUUACUCAUGGAUAUAAGUAAUGAAGCAAAAUCAUUUCCUGUUCUGUUUCCUACAGGAGGGCCUACAUUUCACGACAAACGUGAUCAGAAAAUAACUUUAGCUCGAUAUUUUCAAAAUAGGUUACUAAAUGCUGAGGGUAGAUUUGCUAGAAACACUGAUUUUAUAUUUUAUUCACAAUAUGUUUCAGAAGUUAAUCAAAUUGUGUCAAAUGUAUCCAUUGCUUUGAGAAAAGGGUCAACUGAAGCAAGUGGUAAACAAAUAUCAUCCCACAUGCUAACUGACACAAAAAGUCUGGAAAAGAUCUUAAUAUUUGAUGAGGGGUACAAAUUUUUGAAACCUAUUCGGGGCACACCUCCUUUUUGGCAAGCUGUGCAAAAAGAUCUGUUUGCAAUGUUGAGACAAUUGGAAUUACCGCCGGGAACUUCAAACGGAGAGACCCAUCAAAGCACCAUACCACGAUGUCUGGUUAGCAAUAAAGAGUUCCUAUGUAUUCUGAGCACUCUGGAAGAAGACUACUUAGACCAUAAAACCAAGUUAAGAAUUAUCAUAAUGGACAAUUAUGAAAGCUCACCACCUGUUUUGCUGAAUCUUGAUAACUACCCCCCAUGGGCUGAAAUAUGUCCUGAAAAAGAGUUAGAAAGGCUAGAAUGCAUUGAAUCAAUAGACACUAACAAUGAACUUGAUAAAUCAGAUAAUGAAGAAAACAUUCCUGAUUUGCUUUUAAAAGACAAUCUUGUUGCUUCUCGUAGUGAUAAAUGGCAGAAUAUAUUGUCUAGAGAAGAUGCUUUGAUUCUGCUGAGGUCUUUAGAUGAUAAACAAAUUGAGAUAUUCUACAAAGUCCGUCACUGGUGUUUAAGUAAAUCACUUGGAGAAAAUCCAGAACCAUUGCAUUUGUUUGUUACUGGUGGAGCUGGGACUGGGAAAAGUCAUUUAAUAAAAGCAUUGUAUUAUGAAGCAGCAAGAAUUCUGUCACGUGCAGCUCCAAACCCUGAUGAUGUUUGUGUUAUACUAACAGCUCCAACAGGGGUAGCAGCAUACAAUAUUGGUGCUGCAACCAUUCACAGUACAUUUGCAAUAGGAACAGAUGCAAAAUUGCCCUAUCAACCACUUGGUGAAGAAAAGAUAAACAGUCUGCGCUGUACAUUAGGACACCUACAGCUUUUAAUUAUUGAUGAAAUAUCUAUGGUAGACAACAAAAUGCUCGCUUAUAUCCAUGGAAGAUUAAGACAAAUUAAGCAAACUGGUGACCAUUCGUUAUUUGGAAAGGUGAGCAUAAUUGCAGUUGGGGAUUUUUAUCAACUACCACCAGUGAAAGGAGCACCAUUAUAUAAUGACACAAGGGGAAUCAAUCUGUGGAAUGAUUAUUAGUGUGUUGCACAACUGACUGAAAUUGUAAGGCAAAAGGAUACAGAGUUUGCAGAGUUACUCAAUAGACUAAGAAUCCAUAAAAAGUGUGAUGCACUGAAUGAAAAUGAUAUUAAUAUUCUUACAAGUUGUGAAACUGGAGAGGAGUCUCAUGAGAUUUGUGCAACCAAUGAAGAAGUUGACACACAUAAUAUAAAAAUGCUACAUUCAAUAUAUGUUGCAGAUGGAUUAGUAAAUGGUGUUUUUGGAACAGUUUCUAAAAUAUACUUUAGGCCAGGGGAAUGUUUUCCUUUUGUGAUUUAUGUACUUGUUGAUAAUCCGAAAGUUGGACACAAAUUACGUGGCAGAAGCACCAAAACUGCAGAAAUAACAGAUAACAGUACACCUAUAAAACCAGAGGAAGAUCAAGUGACAAACAGUGGUGGUGUCAGACGACAGUUCCCAUUAAGAUUAGCGUGGGCAUGUACCGUACAUAAAGUUCAAGGACUGACAGUUGAAAAAGCUGUUGUAUCACUUGAUAGAAUCUUUGCUCCAGGACAAGCAUAUGUAGCAUUAAGUCGUGUAACAACAUUAAGUGGUCUCACAAUAAAAGAUUUUAAAGAGUCAUCCAUUUAUUGCAAUCCAAAGGUAGAAGCAGCCUUAGCAAUGAUGCCACAGUUUAUUACUCCAGCUGUUAAUAAACCUUUUUCAUGCACAAUUGUAAUGCAAAAUGUUCAGGGUCUUCAAGCACAUAUUAUGGAUCUGGAGUCAGAUAGAAGGAUUAUGAAUGCUGACUUUGUUUGUCUAACUGAAACCUGGUUAACAUCCAACUGGCCGGAACAUGAACCAAAAAUCAAUGGCUAUACAUUUCAUCACAAAUCAAGGUUUCACUGUUAUGAUACUAGCAAUGAAAUGUUUGCAAAGUUGAAAAAACAGUGUCAUGGUGGAGUUGGGGUAUAUUUCAGAAAUAAUACAAGGUUCAACAUUUUAAAUCUAGCUAUUCACAAUUUAGAAUGUUUAGUAUUUGAAAUUGAGAAUGAGAGGUUGACUGUAGCAGUUUUAUACAGACCUCAGAGCUACAAACUUGACAUGUUUAAAAAAAAUGUUGAACAUCUGAUAAGACAAAUUGACAAUGACUCAGGUGGCAAAAUGAUUAUAGGAGAUUUCAAUGAAAACAUAUUCAUAUCUUCUUCAGUACAAAAAAUAAUGGAACACCAUGGAUUUAAGCAACGUGUUACACAAAGAACUACUGAGAGUGGAACAUUAAUUGACCAUGUAUAUAUCAAAGGUAUUGACAAUUUUACUGUUCACAUACUACCAACAUAUUUCAGUUUCCAUGAUGCUCUCACUAUUACAUUAUCGUGA